ACUAUAUGUGACGUCACCAUAAGAGAAAGGCGAAAAUGGCGUCGCACAUAACGAAUUCUAGGAGACAAACUAUUACUAACAUCAAUAAUUCUUAAUUUGUGUUGUGAACUAUCGGUUAUCUAUUCAACUAAUUAGAAGAGGACACUCGUAACAAGCUGGAAUUAAAACUUGCAGGUGUGGAAUGGCCUCAUGAUAUGGGGAGACGCAGAGCCGUGCAUAGGGUAGAUCUGAACACUGCUAGUGACAUACAGCUUCGUACACUCAGUGGAGUGGGACCAGCAAGAGCUCAGGCCAUCAUUAAGGCCAGAAAGUUGAAGGGGAGCUUUGCGUGCAUCCGGGACAUCACGAGAGUUCCUGGCAUCUGUGCGAGUAUACUGGAUCUGAACAGGAGCCGGCUGCAGUGCAGUAGGACAAGGAAGAAGAAACUGCCGAUCACAUCCACACUCACGACGGAGGAGCAGCCAUGCACUCGUGAGACGCGGCGGUCGACGAGAGGGCGCGGCGAGUGGCGGCAACGAUCGUUGCACAGUUGGAGAUGGACGAUGGCAACAUCCGGAGCGAUGUCGAACCCUCUACCAGCUGACAGAGCCGCUGCACAAAGUCCGCAGGUGUUCACAGCUGCGGCGAUACGACGAAUCAGCAGUCGACGUGCCCCGGCCCAGCGAGACACGCCGUGGCCCCCAUACGCAAACGUGAGCUGCGGCGUUCCCCUCGAGCCACUGCAGCUAGGGGCCACCACAGCAGCGACGAUAGAAGCUAACGACGAGCGACGACAGAUGAUGACGAUGAAGGUCGUUGCGCGCUCGCGACAGCAAGCAGCCGACGGCGGCGGCGGGGAGGACAGCGAUGCCGACAGCACGGAGAUACAGACGAGUGCUGUGCGGAGCGACAGCGAGAGCAGCGGAAGAACGUCGAUCCGGUGA